UCGAGUGAUACGACUCGUGUAACGGAUAGAGACGACGGUUUCGCUGGAAAGCGCGAGAAGCGGAGGCGGAAGCGGCGGAGGCGAGAGACCCAGCGAUGGCGGCGGCGGCGGCGGCGGGGGAGGUAGUCCCGACGUUCUCUUCCCUGGAGCCGGUCUACGGCGACGGGUCGCAGCUCGAGGAGGCGCGCCUCCGCUUCGCCCACCUCGCCGACAAGUUCCAGGCAGUCUACGCCGCGCGCCCGGCGCUCUUCGCCCGCUCCCCAGGGCGGGUGAAUCUGAUAGGGGAGCACAUCGACUAUGAGGGGUACUCGGUGCUGCCCAUGGCCAUCCGUCAGGACAUGAUCGUUGCCAUCAGGAGAGCAGAGGGCAAGGAGGUCCGCGUCGCCAAUGUCGAUGACAAGUACCCCAUCUGUGUCUACCCUGCCGACCCCGACAAGGAAAUUGACAUAAAAAACCACAAAUGGGGUCACUAUUUCAUGUGUGGAUACAAGGGAGUCUAUGAGUACUGUAGGUCAAAAGGGAUAGAUAUGGGUGAACCUGUUGGCCUUGAUGUAGUUGUUGAUGGAACAGUUCCUACAGGAUCUGGGCUUUCAAGCUCCGCAGCAUUUGUCUGUUCAGCAACAAUUGCUAUCAUGGGAGUUCUUGAGAAAAAUUUCCCCAAGAAAGAAGUUGCUCAAUUCACUUGUCAAUCUGAGCGCCACAUUGGGACACAAUCUGGGGGCAUGGACCAGGCAAUAUCUAUCAUGGCCAAACCUGGAUUUGCUGAGUUGAUAGAUUUCAAUCCAAUCCAUGCAACUGAUGUGCAACUACCUCCAGGAGGUACAUUUGUGAUUGCCCAUUGCCUGGCAGAGUCCAAGAAAGCAGAGACUGCUGCCACGAAUUAUAACAACCGUGUUGUUGAAUGUCGCCUGGCAGCGAUUGUUCUUGCUAUCAAAUUAGGGAUGGAAGCAAAAAAAGCUGCCUCCUCUGUUACCACCCUCUCUGAUGUUGAGGGGCUAUGUGUCUCUUUCGCUGGAAAAGAAGGUUCUUCUGAUCCUGGAGUUGCUGUGAAGAAACUAUUACACGAGGAACCAUAUACAGUAGAAGAAAUUGAGAAAAUUACAGGACAGAGCUUGACAUCUGUCUUCCAGAGUUCUCAAACUUCCUUGGAUGUUUUAAGAGCUGCGAAGCAUUUCAAGUUAUUUCAGCGUGCCUUUCAUGUGUACUCGGAAGCAAGGCGUGUUUAUGCCUUCAGAGAUACUGUAUUGUCAAAACUCAGUGCGGAAAAUAUGCUUAGGAAACUGGGUGAUCUUAUGAAUGAAAGUCAUUAUAGCUGCAGUGUCCUGUAUGAAUGCAGCUGUCCCGAGUUGGAAGAGCUUGUAAAAGUAUGCAGAGAUAAUGGUGCACUUGGAGCACGUCUUACUGGAGCUGGGUGGGGUGGCUGUGCAGUCGCUUUGGUGAAGGAAGGCAUUGUCCCACAGUUUAUUACGAAUUUAAAGGAAACAUACUACAAAUCAAGGAUAGACCGGGGAGUGAUCAACCAGAAGGAUCUUGGGUUAUACGUGUUCGCGUCCAAGCCGUCGAGUGGAGCAGCCAUAUUCAAGCUGUAGGCCACCACCAUUCUUUCGCCACCUGUAAAUCGAUUCAGACCAGAAGCACCGCGACUCGAGCACGCAGGUUACUCUAUGAUCUUAGUCUGCCCACAUACGAAUGUAUCUUAAAACUUAUUUAUUAGAAACAAUAAACCCUGUUUACUAUUCUGCUGGAAUAUAUCCAAUAGACUUCAAAACCAUGAACUUCAAGAUCAAUGGUUAAGAUAAAUAACACGGUUAAUAUAGUGUCGAUGGAGGUUGUUUUUCUCUUGAACAAAAUUGUAUGGUGAACCUUAUACAGUGAGUGAUAUGGUUAUACUUCUAAUAGUUGCAAACUAAGACCUUGGUCACUUGGUCAGGUUAUUCAGGUGUAGUUUUCAUGUGAUCUUUCUUGGUCAGGCUAUUCAGGUGUCGUCUUCAUGUGCCAUGUUGAU